GGCCAACUGCAGCGGGGCUGUGUCUGCGGGAGCCCCCGGGCCCGGGCCGCCCCCGGCUCUGCGGGCAGCCCUGCGAGCCGCUCCCGAAGCUCUGGCCCACGCCGCCAAUUUCCUCAACAUGCUCUUCCAGACCAACGACAUCCGCGAGGCCAGCGUGGCCGAGGACGUGGAGUGGUACCAGGCGCUGGUGCGCAGCCUGGCCGAGGGGCACCCGUGGGUGCGCAGGGCGGUGCUGGCCCUCGACGCCCACCCGCUGGCCCCCAAGCCACGGCUGAUGCUGCAGGCCACCAAAGGGGACGGCCAGAUCUUGCUGCAGGACGUUUCCAACGCCGCUCCCAGCCUGGGCAACCUCAGCUGGGACAACGAGUGGUUCAACGCGCUGAAGGCGCAGCGGGUGCCGGCGCUCCGCAAGCGGGUGCUCAGCAAUGACCUGCGCAGCCUGGAGACCCCCAAGUGGCAGCGAGGGGACAGCUACGUGGGCGACCCGGGCCACGUGCGCUGGUCCCCGCCGUUCCUGGAGUGCCGCGAGGGUCAGUUCUUGCCCACCUGGGUGGUCACGCUCUCCUCCGCCUUCUACGGGCUCAAGCCGGAUCUCAGCCCCGAGUUCAAGGGGGUCGUGCGGGUGGACGUGGAGCUGCGGGAUGUGGCCAUCGACCAAUGCUCCAGCGGGCCGGGCUGGUUCUCGGACACGCAUCGCUGUGACCUCAACAGCACCCAGUGUGUCCCCCAGGAGAGCCGCGGCUUCGUGCUCGGGAGGUACCUGUGCAGGUGCAAGCCGGGCUUCUAUGGGGCCGGCGGAGCGGCCAGCAGUGCCUGGGCAGGUGCGGCGGGCACGGACGGGGGGUCCCGGCUGCGGUGCCGCCCGUGCCGCCCGGGCUGUGCCACGUGUGAGGAUGACACUCCGUGCCUGAUCCAGGAGGACCAGGCGCUGCGGGCGGCGGUGCUGGCGUGCCAGGCGUGCUGCAUGCUGGCCAUCUUCCUCAGCAUGCUCGUGUCCUACCACUUCCGACGGAGCAAGAGGAUCCGGACAUCAGGAAUUAUCCUGCUGGAGACCAUCCUCUUCGGCUCCCUCCUCCUCUACUUCCCCGUGUUCAUCCUGUACUUCAAGCCCAGCAUCUUCCGCUGCAUCGUGCUGCGCUGGGUGAGGAUGCUCGGCUUCGCCAUCGUCUACGGCACCAUCACCCUCAAGCUCUACAGGGUGCUGAAGGUGUUCCUGUCGCGCUCGGCCCAGCGCGCUCCCUACGUGUCGAGCGGGCGCGUGCUGCGCAUGCUGGCGCCCAUCCUGCUCCUGGUGCUCUGGUUCCUGGCAGCCUGGACCAUCGGCAUGCUGGAGAACUCCCACAAGAACAUCCCGCUGGUCAUCCGCGCCCAGACCAACCGCGGCCUCCACUUCUCCAUCUGCGGCCACGACUGCUGGGAUUACAUGAUGGUCAUCGCCGAGAUGCUGUUCCUGCUGUGGGGCAGCUUCCUGUGCUACGCCACGCGCGCCGUGCCCUCGGCAUUCCACGAGCCCCGCUACAUGGGCAUCGCCCUCCACAACGAGCUCAUGGUCUCUGCUGCCUUCCACGUGGUCAGGUUCCUGAUUGUCCCCUCGCUGCAUCCGGACUGGACACUGCUGCUCUUCUUCGCUCACACCCACGGCACCAUCACCAUGACCCUGGCCCUGCUCUUCAUCCCCAAGUUCCUGCACACGGGCUCGCCGCUGCGGGAGGAGAUCACGGCCGAGGUGUACGAGGACGAGCUGGACAUGCGGCGCUCGGGCUCCUGCAUGAACAGCAGCAUCGCGUCCGCCUGGAGCGAGCACAGUCUCGACCCCGAUGACAUUCGGGAGGAGCUGAAGAAGCUUUACCGGCAGCUGGAGGUGCACAAGACGUGGAGGAUGGCGAGCAACAACCCGCACCUGGGCAAGAAGCGCAGCUCCCGCCGCAGCUUCGGCCGCUCCAUCCUGCGCCGCAGCGGGGCCGAGCUGGCCGAGAGCGCGUCCCGCCGCAGCUCCUCGGCCAAACGCCUCGUGGAUAGCGGGGGGAACAGCGUGAGGAUGCGGGAUGAGAGCUCCCGGCGCAGCUCCUCGGCCAAACGCCUCGUGGAUACCGCGGGGAGCAGCGUGAGGAUGCGGGAUGGGAGCUCCCGGCGCCGCUCCUCAGCCCUGCGCAAAUCCCGCAGCUCCGAGGGACCCCCGAGGGACGCUCAGCGCACCCCCAGCCCGCCCGAGGGGGCUCGGCAGGCGGGGAUGGACCUGGAACAAUCCGACAGCGACUCGCUGGAUGCUGCCCCGCUCCUGUGCAAAUCGGCCAGCGCUCAAAACCUGGCGGGGCACUGGCGGAGAGCCCCGGGCCGCGCCCCGCCCUUGCAGAAGUCGCACAGCGUUGUCGCCGGGGCGAGGGAAGUGGCGCUGCUGGCGGCCCGAAGGGAGCAGUGGCACGGCAGCCGCCACCUGUCCGCGCCGGCCCCGAGGGUCCCCAGGGACACGGCGACACCGCAGAGCCCCGGCGACAAGGGAGCGCAGGAGGAUGUGGCCCCGCUGGGCGAUGCCAAGGGACACAAACAUGUCACCUACGGGCCCGUCAAGAGUGUCAGCGUUGACAGCGCCCACCCGCCCAAAAGGGUGAGGGUGACCGUGAAGAAAAUCCCCCCUCCGCCCCCCGUUCGCUACCAGAGCCUGCAGCGCUCGGGGACGCUCGGGGAGGGCUCGGAGCCACCGCCGGGGACCCCGGCACGGAUGGGAGAGGCGGAGGGGACAGCAGGGGACAAGGCGGAGGGGACAGCAGGGGACAAGGCGGAGGGGACAGCAGGGGACGAGGCGGAGAGUGCGUCCCCCCCGGCAGGGAAGGGCAGGAUGGUGACCCCGAGCGCCAGCUCGGCUCACGUCUGUCCCUGGGAGCUGGUCCAGGAGGAGAUCCUGAGCAGGAAACAAAAAGCGGCCGAGGCAGCAGAGGGAGGGAGCGCCGGUGACACAGCGGCCACCAGCCCCGGCCCCAAGUCGCCCCCCAAGAAGAGUUUUCGGAGCCUGGGACUCGCCAUCAAAGCCCUGAACCGCUCCAGGGGGAAGGGGAUCCUGAAAGGGAAAAGCGAGGGGAGCCUCAGGAAGAGGGGGAGCAGCAGGAGGGACAAGUCCGGGCUGGCAGAGACCUCGGCCGUGUCCCUCGGGGGGCUCAGCCCAGCCCCCGCUGCCAAAAGCCCCGAGAGGAGCGGGCAGAGCCUCCCCCUCCAGCACAACAACAACGCCGCCAUCCCCGGGGAAGCCGCGGACUGGGGGGACAGCGGGGCAGGAGGACAAUGGGACAGCCUGGCCCUGGGGACAGCCCUUGGGGACAAAGUGACAGAGGAGCCCAGCGCUGCCCGAGGGGACGCGGGGGCUGCGGAGGCUCCGGAGCCACCCAGCGAAGGCCACCAAGGAGCUGCAGGUCCCGCGGAGGUGGCAGAGCCACAGGAAGGGGACGAGGACGUCGCUGGGGUCACAGCGGAGGAAGGGACACUGGAACAGCUCGAGGGGACCAGCAGGUCCUUCCAGGAGGAGGAGAGGCCGCCUGCAAAGCCCACCCCGAGCAGCGUGCGGGGCGAGGUUGGUCCGCACGGAAUUGCGGCUGCAAGGGGAGCCCUGCUGCGCCAGGAGGCGAUCGCUGCCCGGGAGGAUGGGGGGAUCCCAGAGAGCCCGGACAAGGCGCUGGAAAAGGGGAGAAGCCAGCCCGAGCCCGAGCGGGGCCCUGGGAGGAGCUGGAGCGGAGCUGGGAGCGAGAUCAGUGCUGCGGGAACGCGGGGAGAUUCCAGCUCCAAAGCUGGAAUUUAUCCUGGGAAGGGGGGUAGUGAGGGGGAUUCUCAGCGUUCUGCGGGCAUGGAAAAACCACCGGAGGUGCCGAGAGUGGCCCCGCAGCAAGCGGAGGGCAGGAGGGCUGAGGUGUGCCCGUGGGAGAGCCGGGAACAGGGAAGGAGUGUCCGAGCAGAAAUCUGUCCCUGGGACACAGAGCAGGACGGGCAGGGAGCCCCCAAAUCUGAACGUGGGGAGCAGCCUGGGAUGGGGCUCGCAGGAAAACCCCCAGCUCUGCCCAAACCUUCAUCCCAGCGGGCUGGAACUACGGAGAGCAGAAAGAACAUCUGUCCCUGGGAGGUGGAGGGGGAGCCACAGCCGAAAAUCGAGAUCUGCCCCUGGGAAGGGGCUGCAGCUCCAUCGGGGAAGGAGAGGGUGAGGCAGGACACGUGGGGCACUUCCAAAGGGGAAGAAAAAGUGGGAUCCAGAGCACCAGAAAAAGGAAAGGAGCCCCCAGCCAAAUCCCUGCCCAAAUCGCCUGCAGGGAAAGCCCAGAGCUCGGAGAGGGCAGAGAUCUGUCCAUGGGAGGCUCAGGAUUCCAAAUCCAGUGAUAAAGCUGAGAUCUGUCCUUGGGAGGCUCAGGAUUCUAAACCCAGUGAUAAAGCUGAGAUCUGUCCUUGGGAGGCUCAGGAUUCCAAAUCCAGUGAUAAAGCUGAGAUCUGUCCUUGGGAGGCUCAGGAUUCUAAAUCCAGUGAUAAAGCUGAGAUCUGUCCAUGGGAGGCUCAGAAAUCAAAAUCCAGUGAUAAAGCUGAGAUCUGUCCUUGGGAAGUGGCUGAGCCUCAGCUGGAGAAAGGAACAGCCCCAGGAAAGGAGAGAAUGCCAGGAAAGGAAGAGAUCAAAGCUCUGGAGAAGGGAAGCAGAGAAAGGGAAUCCAUCUGUCCUUGGGAGAGCCCAGACAUGGAACAGCCUCUGGAUAAACCCAAAACUGAGAGCUCAGAGCUGCCCAAAUCUCCUUCAGGGAAAUCAAAGAGCUCUGAGAGCCUAAAGGCAGAGAUCUGUCCCUGGGAGUCUCAGGAUCUUAAAUCCAGUGAUAAAGCUGAAAUCUGUCCUUGGGAGUCUCAGGAUUAUAAAUCCAGUGACAAAGCUGAAAUCUGUCCCUGGGAGGUGGCUGCACCUCAGAUGGAGAAGGGAAGAGAACCUGGAAAAGGCAAAUUCCCAGGAAAAGAAGAGACCAAAGCUCUGGAGAAGGGGAGCAGAGAGAGAGAAUCCAUCUGUCCUUGGGAGAGCCCAGACACAGAGCAGCCUUUGGCUAAAGCCCAGACUGGGAGCUCAGAGCUGCCCAAAGAAUCUUCAAGGAAAUCACAGAGCAUGGAGAGCCUGAAGGCAGAGAUCUGUCCGUGGGAGGCUGAAUCCAAUGAUAAAGCUGAAAUCUGUCCCUGGGAGGUGGCUGAACCUCAGAUGGAGAGGGGAACAGGACCUGGAAAGGGAAAACAACCAGGAAAAGAAGAGACCAAAGCUCUGGAGAAGAGGAGCAGAGAAAGGGAAUCCAUCUGUUCUUGGGAGAGCCCAGACACAGAGCAGCCCCAGGCCCAAUCCCGAACUGGGAGCUCAGAGCUGCCCAAAUCCCCUUCAGAGAAAUCCCAGAGCUCAGAGAGCCUGAGAGCAGAGAUCUGUCCCUGGGAGUCUCAGGAUCUUGAAUCCAUUGACAGAGCUGAAAUCUGUCCCUGGGAGACACAGGAUCUUAAACCCAAGGAUAAAGCUGAAAUUGUUUCCUGGGAGUCUCAGGACUCCAAAUCCAGUGACAGAGCUGAAAUGUGUCUCUGGGAUGUGGUUGCACAUCAGCUGGAAAAAUCAGCAACCCCAGAUCUGAAGAGGCCCCCACACAAACAGGGCUCCAAAGCUCUGCAGAGGGGGAGCAGAGAGAGGGAAUCGAUCUCUCCUUGGGACAGCCCAGACCCAGAGAAGCGCCCGGGCAGGGCCCACACUGGGAGCUCAGAGCUGCCCAAAUCUCCUUCAGCAAAAUCCCAGAGCUCUGAGAGCCUGAGGGCAGAGAUCUGUCCCUGGGAAGGGGCUGAAGCUCCCUCCCAGCAGCCAAAGGCAAAGCAGGUCCCUGCUGGGGGCUCCAAGGGGGACAAGCGCAUCACGCGCCAGGCAGCGCUGGCCAGCCCGGACAGAUCCCUGGACAGCAGAGACCGAGAGUCCAUCGGGGCUGGGGACAGCCCAGACACGGAGCAGCCUCUGGGCAGGGCCCACACUGGGAGCUCAGAGCUGCCCAAAUCCCCUUCAGGGAAAUCCCAGAGCUCUGAGAGCCUGAGGGCAGAGAUCUGUCCCUGGGAGUCUCAGGAUAUUGAAUCCAUUGAUAGAGCUGAGAUCGGUACCUGGGAGGUGGCUGAACUUCAGAUGGAGAAGGGAACAGCAGCUGGAAAGGGAAAACAACCAGGAAAAGAAGAGACCAAAGCUCUGGAGAAGAGGAGCAGAGAGAGGGAAUCGAUCUGUUCUUGGGAGAGCCCAGACACAGAGCAGCCUCUGGAGAAAACCAGAACUGGGAGCUCAGAGCUGCCCAAAUCUCCUUCAGAGAAAUCCCAGAGUUCAGAGAGCCUGAGGGCAGAGAUCUGUCCCUGGGAGUCUCAGGAUCUUGAAUCCAUUGACAGAGCUGAGAUCGGUACCUGGGAGACACAGGAUCUUAAACCCAAGGAUAAAGCUGAAACCGUUCCCUGGGAGUCUCAGGACUCCAAAUCCAGUGACAGAGCUGAAAUGUGUAUCUGGGAUGUGGUUGCACAUCAGCUGGAAAAAUCAGCAACCCCAGAUCUGAAGAGGCCCCCACACAAACAAGGCUCCAAAGCUCUGCAGAGGGGGAGCAGAGAGAGGGAAUCGAUCUCUCCUUGGGACAGCCCAGACCCAGAGAAGCGCCCGGGCAGGGCCCACACUGGGAGCUCAGAGCUGCCCAAAUCUCCUUCAGCAAAAUCCCAGAGCAUGGAGAGCCUGAGGGCAGAGAUCUGUCCCUGGGAAGGGGCUGAAGCUCCCUCCCAGCAGCCAAAGGCACAGCAGGUCCCUGCUGGGGGCUCCAAGGGCGACAAGCGCAUCACGCGCCAGGCAGCGCUGGCCAGCCCGGACAGAUCCCUGGACAGCAGAGACCGAGAGUCCAGCGGGGCUGGGGACAGCCCAGACACGGAGCAGCCUCUGGGCAGAGCCCACACUGGGAGCUCAGAGCUGCCCAAAUCCCCUUCAGGGAAAUCCCAGAGCUCUGAGAGCCUGAGGGCAGAGAUCUGUCCCUGGGAGUCUCAGGAUCUUGAAUCCAUUGACAGAGCUGAGAUCGGUACCUGGGAGGUGGCUGAACUUCAGAUGGACAAGGGAACAGGAGCUGGAAAUGGCAAACAACCAGGAAAAGAAGAGACCAAAGCUGUGGGGAAGGGAAGCAGAGAAAGGGAAUCCAUCUGUUCUUGGGAGAGCCCGGACAUGGAGCAGCCUCUGGAUAAAUCCCAAACUGGGAGCUCAGAACUGCCCAAAUCUCCUUCAGGGAAAUCCCAGAGCUCAGAGAGCCUGAGGGCAGAGAUCUGUCCCUGGGAGUCUCAGGAUCUCGAAUCCAUUGACAGAGCUGAAAUCUGUCCCUGGGAGUCUCAGGAUCUUGAAUCCAUUGACAGAGCUGAAAUCGGUACCUGGGAGGUGGCUGAACUUCAGCUGGAGAAGGGAACAGCAGCUGGAAAGGGAAAACAACCAGGAAAAGAAGAGACCAAAGCUGUGGGGAAGGGAAGCAGAGAAAGGGAAUCCAUCUGUUCUUGGGACAGCCCAGACACGGAGCAGCCCCUGGGCAAAUCCCAAAUUGGGAGCUCAGAGCUGCCCAAAUCUCCUUCAGGGAAAUCCCAGAGCUCUGAGAGCCUGAGGGCAGAGAUCUGUCCCUGGGAGUCUCAGGAUCUUGAAUCCAUUGACAGAGCUGAGAUCGGUACCUGGGAGACACAGGAUCUUAAACCCAAGGAUAAAGCUGAAAUUGUUUCCCGGGAGUCCCAAGACUCCAAUUCCAGUGGAAGAGCUGAAAUGUGUAUCUGGGAUGUGGUUGCACAUCAGCUGGAAAAAUCAGCAACCCCGGAUCUGAAGAGGCCCCCACACAAAGGCUCCAAAGCUCUGCAGAGGGGGAGCAGAGAGAGGGAAUCGAUCUCUCCUUGGGACAGCCCAGACCCAGAGAAGCGCCCGGGCAGGGCCCACACUGGGAGCUCAGAGCUGCCCAAAUCUCCUUCAGCAAAAUCCCAGAGCAUGGAGAGCCUGAGGGCAGAGAUCUGUCCCUGGGAGUCUCAGGAUCUUGAAUCCAUUGAUAGAGCUGAAAUCUGUCCCUGGGAAGGGGCUGCACCUCAGAUGGAGACAGGAACAGCCACCCCUAAGGAGAGACUCCCAGGAAAAGAAGCCUCCAGAGCUCUGGAGAAGACGAGCAGAGAGAGGGAAUCAAUCUGUCCUUGGGAGACCCCAGACACGGAGCAGCCUCUGGAUAAAACCAAAACAGGGAGCUCAGAACUGCCCAAAUCUCCUUCAGGGAAAUCCCAGAGCUCAGAGAAGGCAGAGAUCUGUCCCUGGGAGGUUGAAUCCAGUGAUAAAUCUGAGAUCUGUCCCUGGGAGGGGGCUGAACCUCAGCUGGUGAAAGGAAAGGAGAAACUCCCUGCAAGAGAAGCCUCCAAAACUCUGGAGAAAAGGAGCAGAGACCAAGAGUCCAUCCAUCCUUGGGAGAGCCUGGCCACAGAGGAGCCAUCCCUGAAAACCACGGAGGGGAAGGAGCCAUCCAAGAAAUCGGACAGCACCGACAGCAGGAAAUCUGAAAUUUGCCCCUGGGAAGCAGCAGAGCCCCUUGGGUCAGAGGGGGAAAUCUCCCAGCCAGGUGUGCAGCCACAGGGAGCCCACAGAGCCUCCCCUGCUGUGUCUCCAACAUUUGUGGAAAAAUCCAGGGGCAGAUCCCACGGGGAAACCGGGCACAAGCCCCUGUGCCGGCUCCAGCCCAGCAUCCAGCACCCAGGGCUGGGCAGCAGCUCCAGCCCCAGCACUGGCCUGGCUGAGCUCUGUCCUUGGGAAGCUCCAUCAGCUCCUGCCAAGGCCAGCUUGGACAGCAGGAGAAGCUCUGAGGUGUGUCCGGGGCAGGAGGAGAGCACGGAACCCUCCCGGACCGGCCCCGGGCACGGCAGGGCUGGGGGGAGCCCCCGGGAGGGGGGUGGGGUGUGAGGGGAUCCCAGCACCAGCAGCUCCAUCCAUGGAUCCAUCCAUCCAUCCAUCCAUCCAUCCAUGGAUCCA